UUCCCUGCGCUGACCUCUGACAGCCGGCCCGGCCCGCUCAUGGAUCCGCUCCCUCCCUUCACAAACACGGAAGCAGCAUGGCGUCCAACAGCAGCGGCGAUGGCAGCUCCGACAGGCAGCGGAUUGCACAGCAAAGACUGAGGAUAAUAGCCGGGCAUCUACAGAGACCUGUGGACGACGACUCGGGUAUCCUCGCCGCGGAGUGUAAAGGCCAAGUUAGCAAGACUGAUGCGUCCAGUGAAGGGAAGACGGUGCCGAGGAGGAGGCAGGAGAUUAUGAAAUGGAACGGCUGGGGAUACAGUGAUUCAAGAUUCCUCUUCAACAAGAAGGGGCAGGCAGAAUUUACCGGCAAAAGGUAUAGACUGAGUGGUAUGAUCAUCCCUGCUCUGAAGGAUUGGUUUGAGGGCACAUUUGGAGCCAGUUUGCAGCAUAAAACUCCAGCAACACCUGCUUUGACGAGCAAUGCAGUACAGCCUCCUACUCUUAAUGAGGCCUUCGUGGAAGAAGUAAAAGCUACAGGUAUCCCCUUCUCCCAUGAUGCAGAGGACCGAGUUUUUCGGGCCCAUGGCCAUUGCUUACACGAGAUCUUUGCCUUGCGGGAAGGGAAAGUUGGUCGUGUUCCUGAUAUGGUCGUAUGGCCAAACUGCCACAAUGAUGUGGUGAAAAUUGUGGAACUGGCAUGCAAACAUAACGUUUGUUUGAUACCAUACGGAGGAGGGACAAGUGUCUCCAGCGCACUAGAGUGCCCCGCAGAGGAAACUCGCUCCAUUGUCUCUGUGGAUACCUCACAGAUGAACCGCAUUUUAUGGAUUGACGAGAAGAAUUUAACCGCCCAUGUGGAAGCUGGCAUCGUGGGUCAGGAUUUGGAGAGAUUGCUUAAUGAGAGCGGCUACUGUACAGGGCACGAGCCGGACUCCAUGGAGUUCAGCUCCCUGGGGGGCUGGGUAGCAACCAGAGCGUCAGGCAUGAAGAAGAACAUCUACGGCAACAUUGAGGACCUGGUUGUCCACGUAAAGAUGGUGACUCCACGAGGGGUGAUCGAGAAGAGUUGUCAGGGCCCACGCAUGUCCACGGGCCCCGACAUUCACCACUUCAUCAUGGGCUCAGAGGGAACCCUGGGUGUGGUUACUGAGGUCACAAUGAAGAUUCGUCCCAUGCCUGAGUAUCAGAAAUACGGCUCCGUGGUGUUCCCAAAUUUUGAGCAGGGAGUUGCCUGCCUGCGAGAGGUUGCCAAACAGAGGUGUGCCCCGGCAUCUAUCCGACUCAUGGAUAAUGAACAAUUUAAAUUUGGUCAUGCCCUGAAGCCUCAAGUAUCUUCAAUUUUCACUUCCUUUUUGGACGGGUUGAAGAAGUUUUACAUCACCAAGUUCAAAGGGUUUGACCAGAACCGUCUGUGUGUGGCCACCCUCCUGUUUGAAGGAGACCGUGAGAAGGUCCUGCAGCACGAAAAGCAGGUUUACGACAUUGCUGCUAAAUUUGGGGGCCUGGCAGCUGGAGAGGACAAUGGGCAGAGGGGCUACAUGCUGACCUUCGUCAUCGCUUACCUCCGGGACUUGGGGAUGGACUACUAUGUAAUCGGGGAGUCCUUUGAAACCUCUGUGCCUUGGGACAGGGUGUUGGACAUUUGCCGAAAUGUGAAGGCACGCAUCAUUCGAGAGUGUAAAGAGAAAGGAGUACAGUUUCCACCUUUAUCCACCUGCAGGGUGACUCAGACGUACGACGCUGGUGCUUGUGUCUACUUUUACUUUGCCUUUAACUACAGAGGACUCAGCGAUCCAGUACAUGUGUAUGAACAAGUGGAGCAUGCAGCUAGAGAAGAGAUCCUUGCCAACGGAGGGAGCCUAUCACAUCACCACGGAGUGGGGAAACUUCGGAAGGAGUGGAUGAGGGAAACCGUCUCCAGUGUCGGCGUGGGGAUGCUCAAGUCGGUCAAAGACUACGUGGACCCCCAAAAUAUCUUCGGCAACAGGAACCUCCUCUAACUCCCCGCUCCUGUCCACCUUACCUUUUUCUAAAAGCAUCGUGUGCAUUUUGGAUUCAUACAUACUAAAAUGCAAACUUAAACAUGGACAAAGAUGUUGUCUUUUUCAUCAUAAAGUGUCAUUUGGUGCCAUUUAUUGAUAAACCAUUGUUUUCUUUUACAUGAUAUUGCACUUAACAUGCUGUAACAAUCAUUCACGUUCACCUCAGCUUGUUUGGAGCUUCGGCCACGAUGCAACUAAACUUUGAUUUUGUCACAUGUUCUUGUGUUUAACCAUUUCCUUAACAUUCUUCAUCAACAAAUCAUUUUUUACUUUCCUUUGGUAUGUGUGUCUGUGUGUGUGUGGCACUCCUUUAGCGCUAAGUUCAAGAUGAAUGCGCUUUCUAAAGCUCCGUGCCUUUCUAAAGCUUCUGUCUGCCUUCCCCCUUCUCCUCUGACUCACUUUGUGGAGCAAAGUUAAUCCACAUAUGAGCUUUUCUGUGUCUUCUUUCAUUUCCCUUUAGUCAUGUUGACCUUUUUGCCAUAAGAGACUCUUUUUGGACUACUAAAGCUUCGCUCUGCCCCACCACAUUUUAACAUCAGUGUGCUAACAGAGAUGGAUAUCCCUCUUGUGUGUUUAGUUUUUUGUACUAAGAGAGUUUACCUUGCAUGGUUUGUUACAUAGAAAGCAAAGCAGGUAUAAAACAAUUGUUUUUUGUCAUAACUGCUUCAGUGAGGCAGCAGUUGAAGGCCUCUGGAUUCCGGUGCUCACGUUGUACCAAAGACUCACAACACAUCAGAUCAAGCACUAUAGUUUGACUAUGUGCACACAUAUAGUAACACAAGCACUGCUGAAUUGUAUUUUUAAGCAGCAUAUGCAAAGAUAACCCUGGAGAAAGCUGUACAAAAUGUAAGUUAGCCGACUGUUACAUGUGUGUUCAAGACACUGUACUGAGUAAUUCCUGCUCCAUAUGGAUAAUUUUCCCACAAAUCCCUGCUGAAAAGGCUUCUCUUGUUUGUGUGUAUGUAUCGUCUGAAGGUUUUUUGAAGCAGAUACUGUAAUGUACAACAAUUUGAUACCAGACUUGUACCGUUUAUCAUUGAUUUUGAGGCAAAUUAAAGCUUUAAAGGAGAUGUUAUGCUUAGGAAUUUCCCCUUUUCCCUCCAAUCCCAGCUUUUCUGGACCACUUUGUCCUUUUUAAUUUAUAAAUCUCCCCCCCCAGAACAAGAGGACUUACUAGGGACCUGACGUCUGAUAUUUUACCCUUGUGUCAAAAAAGCUUUUGUUAUUUUCCCCUCUUAACAGUGUAGUAACAUCCAUGUACAUUUUGUCAAUGCUGUUUGUGCAAUAAAUUGAACUAAAACAUC